AUGGAGAUCUUGUAUAAUCAGCCGAUUGUGGUGGACAAUGGGUCAGGAAAUCUCAAAGCUGGAUUUGCUGGAGAUGAUAAACCACGAACGUAUGGAUCAGCUGUCAUAGGCAGACCAAAAUAUCGAAAGUUCAUGGCGGGCUCUUUGCUACCCUCUUCUCCCGGAGUGGAUUCGUCUGAUGAUACUUUUAUUGGCGAUGCAGCUCAAAAUAAUAGAGGACUACUUAAACUCACUUACCCUAUGGAGCACGGGAUAGUCAAGAAUUGGUCAGAUAUGGAAAGAGUUUGGUACCAUAUGUUCGACCGGGAACUAAAGAUUCGACCAGAAGAUCACCCUUUGCUUCUUACCGAAGCUCCAUUGAACCCAAAAUCCAACAGGGACGUAAUGUGUCAAGUAAUGUUUGAGCAGUUUAAUGUUCCCUGCAUGUACGUGUCCAUUCAAGCGGUGUUGGCGCUUUAUGCAUCGGGGAGAACUACAGGAGCUGUUGUUGAUAGUGGUGAUGGUGUUAGUCAUGUUGUACCUGUUUAUGAAGGGUUUGCUCUACCGACUUCGAUCAAACGCAUGGAUAUUGCCGGAAGGGAUAUAACAACGAAUUUGUCAUUUCAUAUAAGGCGAACGUCGGGAGUUUCUUUACAAAGCAGUGCUGAGUUGGAAAUAGUACGAUUAAUAAAGGAGCAAUGUUGCUUUGUUUCAAAGGAACCAGAAAAGGAUGAAAAAGUUCACGGCACUUUAUAUGCUCGGAAAACAAAAGCAAAGAAUGAAUUGUUUACAACUUAUACUUUACCCGAUGGGCACGAGAUCCACCUUGGUGCUGAAAAAUUUCGAGCGCCAGAGAUUCUCUUCAAUCCCCAUCUUAUAGGAGAUGAGAGCCCUGGAUUGCAUGAACUUGUUGCAUUGGCCAUCAACAAGACGGAUUUGGACCUUAGGCCGCAUUUAUAUCAGAAUCUUUUGUUAUCUGGAGGUAAUACGUUGUUGACCAACUUUGGUGACAGGUUGUUGAAGGAGUUGAAAAGUAUGCAGCAUAACGACGACGACGAAGCUAGUUCCAUUUGGAGCAAAUCGAGAAUUGAAGAACCUUAUAGCACCAAGAUGAAGGUGAAAAUAUAUGCUCCUCCCGAAAGAAAAUAUUCCACGUGGAUUGGAGGUUCCAUACUAGCAGGCUUGUCUACAUUCAAGAAGAUGUGGGUAACUUUAGAAGAGUACCGAGAUAACCCAGAUAUUGUACAUAAGAAAUGUUUAUAG